ACCUGCAGAGGCGCAAGGAAGACGGCCAGCCUCGCCAAUUCUGCAUGCAUUUCCCUACUGCUACUUCACUUGUCCGGAAUCUCUGCACUUGUACUGCUACACCGCCUGUCGCACGCCCUCCUCGAUUGACUUUUCAGACAGCUGCAAAGCCCUCACCACCAAGAUUAUCCGAGGCGCCGCACUGCCGCUUGCUCUAGCUCCACCCGCCGUCGUAGCUCCUGAUCCUUCCCAACCACCUCCACCGACUACCCACUCUUUGCGAACAACCCACCCUCAGUCAUAAACCUCACAUCCACAAUCCCUGGCUGCAAGCAUAUUCUUCCGCUGAUAUGGGCAAAUACACGUUUACCUGGGAACACUCGGCCCACGACGUCUUCGUCACAGGCACCUUCGAUGACUGGCGAAAGACUGUCCAGCUCGACAAGGACGGCAGCAUCUUCAAGAAGACGGUCGAGCUGCCCAAGACCCACACACAAUACAAGUUGGCCUUGCAGUUCGUCGUCAAUGGCAACUGGUGCAUCAAUGAGAGCGCGCGCAAGGAAGACGAUGGCCACGGCAUAAUCAACAACGUCCUCCUGCCAGAAGACAUCGUCGACGAGCCCGUUAGCGCCCUGUCCUCGGCUGCCCCCGAGUCCUCGACCGCUGCGCUUGCCGGAGCUGUGCCCAAGGAGGAAAAGACACGGUCGGAAGACUCCCUGAUUCCUGGCGCCUUUCCCCAGACGCCUGCUGCCGAGACACCUGGCAGCGAACCACAAGCUUUCAACGUCAACCCGCUUCCUGCCACCGCAGGCCUCGGCAACCCCAUCAAGCUCGCGCCUGGUGAGCCCGUCCCUGACGCCAGCACCUUCACCGACAACACCGUCCACUCUACAGUCAAGCACGACAAGGAGCCGGAGGAGGAGGCGACAACAUUUGGCGUUGCGCCCAUUCCAGCCACUGCGGGUGCUGGAAACCCAAUCCACCUUGCCCCCGGCGAGAAGGUGCCAGACUCGAGCACCUUUACUUCGAAUACCGUCAACAACACCGCCACAACUGACCCCGCUUCGUACGACAAGUCUGAUGCACUUCCCCCGCUUGCCUUUACCCCUCAAGCUGAGCGGGAGGCCAAGGGCGGCAUGUUUGGCUUGCCUCCUGCCCUGGGCAAUCUGAUUCCGGAGUCGAGUCUGCCCAUGGGCGUGGAUGCCAAGGUCGAGCAAGAUACCGGUGUUGCCAUCCAGUCCGCAGCUCCUACCAGCACCACCGCUGCCCUUGCCGGCCAAGUCCCCAAGGAACCUCGUGGCGUGCCUGAGACAGUGACCGAGAGUCAGAAGGAGGCCGGUUUUGCUCCAGAGGCGGCUGCAAACUCGGAAGCUGUCCUAGAGAAGAAGGAAGUUGAGCAAGAGCUGAAGGAGAAGGUUCCCGAGGCGCCUGCUGCGGCGGACAACUCGUAUGCCUCUAACAUCAGCUCCAGCCUCGGCACCGCCGCCACUACUGCGGCUGCCGGCGCAACGGCUGGUGCUGGUCUGUUUGCUGCAGCCAUCUACUCUGCCAAGGACAAGGCUGCUGAGGCCACUGGCUUGGACGCUAACUCCACUGUCACUGACGUCAAGGACAAGGCUGCGGAGACGGUUGGCUUGAACAGUUCGGCCCCCGCUGGCGACGUUCCCGUUCGUGUACUCGAGAGUCAAAAGGAGGCCCAUGUUGCGCCUGAAGCUUCGAGCAAUGAACACGCCGUUCACGAGAAGAGCCAGCUUGAGCAGGAGUUGCUCAGUGAGGUCCCGAAAUCGAAUGAAACCGGUGUUUCUGCCCCUGCUAUCGCCAUCCCAGCAAUUGUUUCCGAAAGCCAGAAAGAGGCCCACGUCGGCCCCGAGGCAGGCGCUAACACCUUCGCUGUCGCAGACAAGAAGGCAGUAGAGUCUGAAUUGCUCAGGGAGAUCCCCAAGGCAACUGAGGCAGGCGAGCCGGCACCUGUGUUUACUGCCGCGACCACAGAGACUGCUCCUGGUGCCCCUGUUGCCCCCGUUGCAAACACCGAGACCCUUGCUCGCGAUGUACCCGAAGUUGUCGCUGAGAGCCAAAAGGAAGCUCACGUUAGCCCCGAGGCGGCCGCUAACGCUGAGGCUGUAAGUGAGAAGAAGGCGGUCGAGGCUGAAUUGCUCAAGGAGGUCAAGACAACCGACGCGACCGGCGAGCCAGCUCCUGCUACGAUAGCGACUAGCACAUCUGCUGCAGGCUUGUCAGACGAGGCGCUUGUAGACUCCAAGCCUUUGAAGUCCUCCAGCGAGCCAGAUGCUCUCAACGCCCCUGCAUCCAAGCCUGCUCAAAUAUCGUCCUCGAAGCCAAUUGACUCCAACACCAAUGUCACAUUCGCGGGCAAAGAGCCAACCACAACGGAGCAAACCAAGCCGACUGUUACCACGGGAACUGAGACCACCACCACCGAGGCCAAGAGCGCUGCCCCUGUCGCCCCUGAGACUCCCAAGAAAGACGCUAGGAAGGACUCGGACGUGUCCCCCAAGGGCACUCCAGGAAGCCAGAGCAUCGCCUCUGCUGCCGAUGAGAAGAAGAAGAAGCGUCGCUCCAUCUUCGGCAAGCUCAAGGACAAGCUCUCCAGCAAGCAUUAG